GCAUGACCCCCUACUAGUCGGCAGCUCACGUCUCCCACCAGUCCAGCCAGUGCAUUGCUUAGCUCUCCACUCCACCUUUUGUGUGCUGUUCAUGUCGGUGACGUCGUGAGCGGCACUACUUGCAACCGAGGUGGGAGGAGUGGCGUCCACUAGUAUUUUAGCUUGACCUUGUCGUAGAGGAUCAGGAUAAUGGAAGAAGAAACGCGCUCCGUGCGGAGGAGCAGUAGAUCCCGCUCCACAACUCCAUCAUUGAGUGUUGCACCUGCAGAAGUUGAACGACUGCAAGGAAUGAGGGAAGCCACGUACAGAAUCGAAAGGUUUCAAGCCAUCAGGGAAGUGGUCAUCGAAGGGCAGAAUGAAGUCUCCAUGAGCUCCUCUGUGUCCCAGACCUAUUCAAGGAAUGGUGAUGUUGGAGUGAACAACAACCUUUCCUUGGAAGCACAGCAAAAUGCCAUAAAUGUCAGCCAAGAGAAGAAAAAGAAGAAAACUUCAAAGACUGCAGAAGACAAACCUCGCAGAGCAACGAAGACACCUGCUAAAAAAUCCACCACAAAUGGCUCUGCGGCCAAAAAGAAAUCAAUUAGUCAUCAAUCAGAGGCAUCACAGGAUGAGAUUGUGGCCUCUACCAGCACAAAAAGGUCCAAGGCUUCGUCAAGAAAUGUGCCCAGCCUGGAUGCUUACAGGUCGACCAAGAGUUCCCCGAAAGCUAGCCCUCAAGCAAGGAAACUUUACGAAGAAGCUCUGAACGGCCAAAUUGACACAGAAAACUCAGUCUUCUUGAAAUUCUACCGCAACAUUGGCGAGUGGUGGAACUACUACAAAAAGACCGACUACACCUACUCGCCACUGUCUGAUCAGAGGUAUGAAAUCGCCCCUGGCUUUUACAACAUGCCAAAUCUGUCCAGAAGGCCGCUCGGCUCGUACUUAUCGUCUGUGUCAAAAAUGCAACGAAACUUCAGCUACAACUUGGCCCGAGAGGACUCCGACUCAGAAGAGUAUGUGGAUCCAAGGAGAUACUACAAAGAGGAGACUUUGCAGCAGUUCAGCAUUUGGCAGCGUGUUUCCCUGGCAGUAAAGACCUUCUUCAUCUUCAUAUACACCUACACCUUUGGUGCCCUUAUCGGAGGGGUUUCAUAUCUGGCCAACAGGAUCAAAGCUGCCUUUUCUGCUGUUAGAAACACAAAUGAAAGGGAAACCAAAUCCUACUAUUACUACAGAGAAACUGUGGUUUCUGACAACUUUGCUACUGAGGAGGCUAUCACCUGGAAACAGAAGAUUGCCGCCUUAUUUCUGAUGAUCUGGGGCGGCCUUUCCCGCAACUGGGGAAAAUUGCUUGGCCUUCUCCUUUUGCUGCUGCUGGCCUAUGCUGUUUACACAGUGGGAUGGUGUUCCUAUUUGACUGAUCUCUACGAGAGCAGCAGCCUCCUGCAUGACAGCAGCAACUAUAUGCACAAGACUGGCACCCUCAUCUUGGAUUCGGUGUUGAAUUUUUGGCAGCGCACUGUACAGAUUGCUGUGGUGCCCUGGCAAUGGCUCGUCGAGUUUACCUCUGCUCUUUUGAACUUCCUCCUCAGUGUGUUGGCUGCUCCGUUUCAAGUGGCAAUAUAUUUUUGUGGCUGGUUUGGAGCUGUGGGGUCCUCCCUCGCUGCAAAGAUUCAAGAACCUCUGUUUCAGUCAGUGGAAAUGACGGGCGAAUCCCCCUCUGAAUCUGAAAACUCAAAAGUUCCGAUUGUGUACAAUGCCAAUCCUGCCUUGGUCUACGAAAAUAAUAUAGAUAUUGAAGAGCUGGCCUUGAGGGUGCUGGGUACGUCAGCUUUUCAAAAUCUGCAGAACAAACAAGCAUCAUUUACAGAAGACAUAAAAUCUCAGGCCUUGGUGUUCCAAAAGAUAUCAGGGGAUAUUUCUGCUCUUGAUGAGAAGUUGGAGGUUUUGAGUAGUGGUGUUGAAAAGAAUGAAGAAAAAAGCCAGCUGCUGGCUUCGAUUGGGGGCAAGAUCGAUCACAUCGAGGAAGAGCUGCAGCAGCACUACUCUCACAUUUUGGGCAGCUCUGACUGUUGUGACAAAAUGCAGGCGGAAAUUGUUCAGCUACAGGGAAAAAUUGAUGCCAUGUCGCAGGCUGACCAAAGUCAUGUAGCUGCUGACUUGAUUCAGAGCCAGUCAGAACUGACUGAGAAACUGAGGGAGAGGAUCCAGAAGCUUGAGAUCGAUCUCAAAGCGGCUCAAGAAAAGAUACUUGCAAACAUAGAUUCUAAAAUGGAAGCAGCAGCCAAAGAAUUAGCAGAACUCCGGCAUCUCAAGACCUCAACUGCCACAAACGUUGGUGUUCAAUGGGAUACCUCUGACGAGAAACUGAUCGCCCUGAUUAGGCAGCAGAUUGCUGCAUUUGACGCUGACAAGACUAACCUACCUGAUUAUGCAUUGGAGUCAUCUGGUGGGAUGAUACUCACGACUCGUUGCACUGAAAGCUACGACGAGAGAAAUGCUUUCACCUACUAUUUGGGAAUGGACUGGCUCUACCAAAGAGUGCACAAACCAAACAAUCCAAGAUCAAUCAUACAGCCAAGUGUGAACCCUGGAGAUUGUUACGCUUUCAAAGGCGCAACUGGCAUCAUAUUGAUUGAGCUGUCCAAGAAAAUACACUUGACAGCGGUCACUAUGGAGCACAUCCCCAAAACCAUAUCACUCAACGGCAAUAUAGACUCGGCCCCAAAAGACUUCUCUAUUUGGGGCUUCAAAGAGGACCAGGAUACAGACCCAAUUCAGCUGGGCUCGUUUACUUACGUUGAUAACGGACAAGCACUGCAAACGUUUGAAAUUUUGGUUGAGCAUGACUCCUACCAGAAGGUUGAGCUACGAAUUGAAUCAAACCACGGGCAUUUGGAGUACACAUGCAUUUAUCGCUUUAGGGUGCAUGGCGUGCCCGUUUAAUUGAAGUGCAAAUUCAAGUUGUUCAAUGAGGCACCAAAGAAAGCAAAUGCCCAACAAGUACAACACUAGACUAUUUAGUUGCUGAGACUUCUCAAAGAAAUACGCACCAGAAAAAAAACUAACAAACUUGUGUAGAAACCUCCGUCCUCGGCUGUGAUCCUCAGUCGGUCCACAAGAAAAACGUGUGCCGACGCGAAAUUUCCUCAUGCUGCAGCAGCACACAUAGGAGCACCUAUUUUGAAGACAGUUUGUUUGCUACAUAGUGCUUCGACCGUGCUUAGGUGCUAUUUUUAAAUAUGGCUACAAUUGAUUUUGGAACUAUUGUAAAGUAUUGGGAUUGCUACUAACAGUCAUUUUGUAAUAAUCAAAUCAAUAUGAUUUUGUUCAAAUCGCCCUGCAUAUCGUUUUAACUUUUUUAAUUUAGCUCGUUCUGUAGGAAUUGAUCUGAUUGUAACUGUUGAUUCCAAAGUGUUUGCGUACAUUAUAUCUUUACUGUUGUAAUUUUGUGUUAACCAUUUUGAUAACAAAGUGUAUAUCAUGUUCCUUGACGGAGAUACUAAGCGACUCAAAUUUUGUUUAUAACAACUAUGUUGUGGCAAUCUACUAAUUAUCAUGUAUUGUACAUUUAUGUAUUCAGCAAUAUUGUUUAGGUGUAUUGCUAGUCAUAGAAUUUGUUUUGAAGAAUUUAAUUUUUGGAAAAUAAUGUUUUGAUGGAAAUUUGCUAGACUUAAAUUGACAUUUUUCUGAUGAAUAACCCAAUUAAAAAUUGGAAUCUACCAAUCAGCCUUAAUUUAUUUAAAA